GGUCGCAAGGGGUUCCCACACGUUAUAUAUGCUCGCAUCUGGCGAUGGCCGGACCUACAUAAAAAUGAGCUGAAGCAUGUGAAAUAUUGCCAGUUCGCAUUUGACCUCAAGUGUGAUUCAGUGUGUGUGAACCCUUACCACUAUGAAAGGGUCGUUUCACCAGGGCAUUGCAGACUUGACUGGCCUAAGUCUCCAGGGCACCUCGACGGGGCAGAUCGUGAAGGAUGAAUAUGGCAUUCGCAUGGACUGCGAAGUUAGUGGUGGCUCAGGAAAUGUUGGGGAGUCAGCAGUGACCCCAGGGCCCUCAGGCAUGUCCACCAUUACACACCAACCCACUGGACCUCAGCAGGGGCCCCCAGCAUCACAGCCGGCGGGACAGCAGGGUAGCCCCACAUCUUCACAGGGUGGUGGCCUUCAUCAGACAGUAGUCAGCGCACCGCAACAAACCAUCCCACAUCAUCCACAACAGUCAUUCUCCCUACUGUCACCUACAGGUAGCACCUCAAGUCACAUGUCACAAGGACUUCAGUCCCCCACACCUUCAACCCCUGGGUCACAACAAUUCUUCCCUGACACAGUCCAAACAUCGCUGAGUCAGUUGUCUCCACAUCUUCAACAACCAUCUCAGCCACAACAGCAGCCACAGCAACCUCAGCAACAGCUACAACCACAGCAGCAACCAUUAGACCAGCAGCAACAACUGCAACAGCAACAGCCACAGACACAGCAGCAGAAUGGGUUUGGUGUAUUGGGUACUGCGACAGGUACCUUACCCUCUCAGUUCGGCCAACCGGCUGCAUCACCUCAGCAAGUGCCACAGCAUUCUGUCACACCUCACUCAAUGUCCUCGCAGCCCAACUGGAGUGGGCAAAACACACUGUCUUAUACCCCCAGCAUGGUUAAUGAUCGGCAGAAUCCUACCUACUGGGACCAGCAGCAAAUGGUACAGGACAUACCACUCUCUACACAACCUGUACCUGACUUUUGGUGUUCCAUUGCGUACUUUGAACUCGACACACAGGUGGGUGAAACUUUUAAAGUCCCAUCAAGCUGUCCAACUGUGACUGUGGACGGCUAUGUUGACCCUUCAGGUGGAAACCGUUUUUGUCUUGGAGCAUUAAGUAAUGUACACCGGACAGAGCAGAGUGAGAGAGCAAGAUUGCAUAUUGGCAAAGGCGUUCAGUUAGACUUGAGAGGUGAAGGAGAUGUCUGGUUACGCUGCUUGAGUGACCACAGUGUAUUCGUCCAGAGUUAUUACCUAGAUCGAGAAGCAGGUCGCUCCCCAGGGGAUGCUGUACACAAGAUCUAUCCUUGUGCUUGUAUUAAGGUGUUUGACCUUCGUCAGUGUCAUCGCCAGAUGCAGACUCAAGCUGCAACUGCUCAAGCUGCAGCUGCCGCACAAGCCGCAGCUGUAGCUGGCCAGAUAUCAGGUCCUGCAGCUGUUGGUGGGCUCUCUGCUGGUAACCUGUCUGCUGCAGCUGGCAUCGGAGUUGAUGACCUAAGAAGACUCUGUAUUCUCCGCUUGAGUUUUGUGAAGGGUUGGGGCCCAGACUACCCAAGACAGUCAAUUAAGGAGACACCUUGCUGGAUUGAGGUGCACCUCCACCGUGCUCUGCAGCUACUUGACGAGGUUCUUCACACAAUACCGCUUGAUGGCCCUCGUCCCCUGGAAUAACAAGCACACGGCAGACAGUGGAAAAGGAAAGCAAGUUAUACUUAUACUUGCAGCCCCUCCGCAUGCGGUUUACUGCAUGAGCGGUUGAUGGCAGACCCUUUGACACCUGUCGCAAAGUGGCUGGGGAGGGUGUGCAUGCCAUAACGUCAUUUAUAUACGUAAACAUUUAGGAUUCUUUUAAGUGAGAUGUUGGAGAGGAAAAGGAGAAGAAAAAUAUAUACUGCACGACCUUAAUAAUGGACCACGUUGCACAAGGAUGUUACCAUGGCUGAUGUUAGACAUACAUGGUUCACAUACUGUCAUUGUAAGUGAAGCUCCAGUAAGAGUCUGCAAAGGGCAUAUAUUAUUUUUUGCAUAUUUUUACAAUCGGCGGUUAGAGAGAACCGGCACAAGGGUGAUAGUUUUGUUUGCUCAGUGUGAGCUUUGUUAAUUUUACUUUUUUAUUAUCAUCAUUACCACUGCUAUUAUUGUUAUUAUUAUUACUAUUUUUAUUAACAUUAUUACAGAAGCAUACACAGUAAAAAGACAGAAAAAGA